GUUCAAAUGUUUUGUUUUGUGCGCUUUAAACUGAAUUCAUUUGGAAAUUAAAAAUAUCAAUUUUGAAGCGAUACUUUACAUGCUCCUGUUAAAUACAUCUUAUUAAAUACUGAAAUAUGUCAAAGCCAUGGUUCGAAUCAAAUUUCGGUGAAUUUCGCAACAUUAAAAUCAGGAAAACAAAUUGUAAGAAAGAAGACUCAUCAACAAUUUCAAAACCUAUUGAUGUCACUGAAACAGUUGAAAUUCUAUCAUCGUCUGCAUCUUCUGAUGAUCUUUCAGAUGACAAAAGAGUUAAAAGGAAAAAACCAUUAAAUUCAAAAAGAUCAACAAAAACAAUUGAUUGGUUAAAAAAAUUCCAUCCUCAAGUUACAAGUGAUUUAAUUGUUCAUCCAAAGAAAAUUGAAGAACUAAGGCAGUGGAUUACAAUACGUUGUGCUAGUAUCAAGAACAAAAUUCUUGUACUUGAAGGUCCAACAGGUUGCGCAAAGACAACAGCUUUGAAAGUGAUUGCUAAAGAGAAUAAUUAUAAUGUAGUAGAAUGGAUAAACUCAACAGAUACUGAAUCCAGUUUAUUAAGUGAUCAUUCUCAUAAAUUUAACAACGAUUUUAUUACUUAUGAGAACCAAGUAAGUCGAUUUUCAGAUUUCCUUUUGAGAGCCUCAAGAUAUCAAUCAGUAUUGAACGAUGGAGAACAGCUGCUCAUGGUUAAAGAUCUUCCCAAUACUUUUUUUAAGAAAGUCGACGAAUUUUGGAAUAUUUUAAGAAGGUACUCGGUUGAAGGUCUUUCACCGUUAGUCUUCAUAGUCACUGAAACAAAUUCCAAAACACUUAACGUGAGUUUCAAUCUUUUUCCCGAGGCACUUCGCAUUGAAAUCGGUAUUGACACUAUCAACUUCAAUCCUGUGUCAACAACAAUGAUGAAAAAAGGAUUGAAAAGAAUUGUGGGAAUCGUUGAGUCACAAAAAGAUAUUAGCCAAUUAUUUAAGAAGCCGUCUGAUGCUAAAAUAAGCGAAUUAAUUGAACAAAGUCAAGGUGAUAUUAGAAACGCUAUGUUGAACUUCAACUUUAUUGCUUUACAAAAUGAUUUCAAUCCAACUGAAGCUGCCAUAAAAUCAACAAAAUUUAAAAAGAAACAGGAAACAACUAAAAAUAAAAGUAAAAAUUCUAAGAAUGAAGUUCUAACACUGAUGCAUGGUCUAGGAAGAGUUUUUCAUCCAAAAUUUGAACUUAAUCAGAAAUUAAAUAUAAACCAACUCACACACAAACCUGAAGAUAUUAGUGAGAAUUUCAGUUCUCAGCCUACAAAUUUCAUUCAAUUGGUCCAUUCAAACUAUUUUCAUAACUUCACAGAGAUCGAUGAUAUUUCUGAAGCUUCUGAAAUACUUUCAUUAUCUGAUUGCUUCGAUUCAGAAUAUCGUGACGAAAGGCUCAAUGAUGUUAAUUUAAACCUCAUUAUUCGUUCUAUUAUGGUUCUUAAUACCCGACCCGCUAGCGGAUUUCGCUCAAUUUCAGCUCGUGCUAAUAAAAAAUGGAAAAAGACUGAAGAGGAAAAUAAGAUGAAAUUUAAAUUAAAUAUGAGUAAACUAAACAAUGGCAACAUUAUGGCAAGAAGAGAUUUUUUUUGUGAUUACAAUAGUUUUUAUGAUAUUGGAACAUCAAUGCCGCUUGACGGCUUAACGAACAUUUUGAAAUCUGAAGCUCGCGUAAAGCAAUUGGCAAUCAAAGAAAAGGAUUUAAUUCACAAUAUCGGUGAACUGUUGCUGCUCAAAAGCGAUGGUUCCGAUGGAUGCACGUAUGCAACCAGCGAAAAAUGCAUUACUGUGGGAACAAGCUUAAAAUGCCAGAUUAAAUAUCAUGGGGAGGAUGUCAAACCUGAACAUUUUUCUAUUUAUGUUGAUGAUUAUGGGCAGGUUAAAAUAGCAAACAGGAGCACUGAAAAUCCAGUGAAAGUUAACGAUGUGAAAGUGGAGAAUAAAAGAUUUCUAAAAUCAGGCGAUGUUAUCGAUUUGUUGGGAUUUAAAAUGCGUUGGAAAACAAAAGCCGAUAUCAAAAAAGCUUUGUUGUCAAUUCCAAGAUCUGAAAGAAAGGCUAAACAUUCUAAACCUAUAAAAGUUAAGAAUAAGCGUGUGACAAUGCAUCAACUCAAUCACUACAAGAAACAAAAUGAAAAGAAGCCUAUUGCAACAUCUUCAGCAACUCAAGCAUUGACAGCACCUUUGAACAAGGAAAAUGUUGCAGGAAAUUCAGCAUUAACUUCCUUGAAUGUGUCCGAAAUGUUGAUAACAUCAUUUACACCAUCAAAAACAAAAACUCCUUCUCGUAAGACGCCGUUACCUGAAGAUGCAGCUACUACUGCUGCUGAUUCCAGUGCAGCAACUUUGAAUUACUCACAAUUUAAGACACCGACAAAAGGAAGCGUUAAAAAGUCGAUGCAUGUUGCUGAUUUUACCACAACAUGCUCAACACCUAAGCCGUCUCUUUUGAAGUCAGCAAUAAAAAAUUCCAUAUCGCGUGGUAUUCCUGGAGUAACGCCAACGCCAAAUCGAAAGACUUUAACAUUCUCUGACAAACUUCAAGAGGAAAUGGAAUGCGAUGAAAGUUCAUUAAGCACAAUAAAUGUGAGCAGUGAUGAAGGAAGUUUCAAAGAUUUGUCCGAUACUUCUUUUAGCAAAGCAAUUGUUUCUGAACUUCCUUUGAACAGUGCAACAGGAAAUAUUCAAGUUAAAGUGGAGCCGGAAUCAGGAACGCAAGAAGCAAAUGAAACUUCUGCUACUUCUGACUCACAGAAAUUCGAAGAUGAAAUUAAUGAUUUGGUCAGCUCUAUUGAUUCAAUUCUCGAAAGCGAUGAGGAAUAUAAAAGCUUCAAGGAGCAAACUGAAAGCGAAAAAAUUGCUGAAAAAAAUUCAUCGCAGACAGAAAUUACAGAAGAAGAUGCAACCGAAGUUAAUGCUCGUGGGAUGAAAGUAUUGAGCUUUAUUCAAACUGCUCGCGAUUCAAUCACUGGUGGGAACAAAACUGAACAAAUUUUAUCAUCGCGAUACUCUAACGUCACUCCAAAUGAUUCAAUUGUUGACUCAAAGGCAACUUAUGACGCUGCGACUCCCAAGGUUUCGAUUCUAGAAACAGUUGAGAAGCUGAACGAAAACAAAAGUAAUUUCAAGACACAAAAUCUCACAAUCAGUCCAAUAUCAAGUUUAACAAUGAAAAAUAAUACUGAAAUAAUAGAGAAUUAUUCAGUAAACACAGAAAUGCCAAAGUCAUUGCGUAGUACAAGAAAGCACAUCACCAAUGCGUUCUCAUCACUCAACUCAUCACAAAUUGCUGAAACUUCUCUUGCAGGCAAAGAACAAAAAGUCGGUGAAGACGAUGAAAAAUCUGAAAUUGCUGACAAAGAUGAAGAAGAUCGACAUCAGGAUAGUAAAUUGUCAACAUCGAACGACCAAGAGAUUUGUUCAAACAGCUUAACUGCUGAAAUUUCAACGGAAAUUAAUGAAAGCAUUGAAAUUCCUGAAACUCAAGCGUUUGAUUAUGAUGAAGUUGAAGACAUCGAAAAAGAAAAAUAUGAUGAAGUGCCGGCAAAAGAAGAAAAGGAAACAACUGUUGAUAUAAUAGAAGAAGAAUUUGUUGAUGAAGUGGCAGAAACGUCAACUGAAAUUUAUUCAACUGUUGAUAAAGUUGUGAAUAGAGAUGAAGAAGAACAAAUUCAAGUUGAAGAAGAUAAAGUAUCACCAAAAAUAGAUGAACAGAAGAAUAAUUUGUCUUGUGAUUCAACCAAAGAUUCAUCUGAGGAUUUAAUUGUCGAGGAAGAAAAUAACGAAGAUGCUCUCGAUGAGUCAAAAGAUCUCGAAAGUUUUGUAUUCAGUGAAACAGAGUUCAGUGCCGUUGAAAUUGAUCCAGGUUUCAUGGCUAAUACUCCAGUAACAAAAGAGAAAAGUCCCAGAAAUGUUAAUAAUGCAAAGGAAAUCGAACUCCAAGAAAAGGAAUCGUUUGGUGACAAUGUCGUUUACAAUUCCAUUGAUGGGAAAGCUACAUCGGGACAGAAAGUUGAUGAGGCUUUACAGAAGGAACAAAAUGCAAUUCAAACCGAGCUGGCAACACUUCAAGAUCAGCCAAACAUUGAAAUGCUAAGCAGAACUCCAGGGAUGGAAGAGAAGAAGAAUUCCAGAAAAACGACAAUCCCUGAAACAAGUGAAGCUACAAAAGAAUUCAAGAAACAUCUCGCAAUUCAAUCCGAGCUGGCAACGCUUCAAGAUCAGCCAAACAUUGAAAUGUUAAGCAGAACUCCUGGGAUGGAAGAGAAAAAGAAAACUUGCAGAAAGACGACAAUUCCUGAAGCAACUGAAACUACAGAAGAGUUCAAGAAGCAUCUUGCAAUUCAAGCCGAGCUGGCAACGCUUCAAGAUCAUCCAAACAUUGAAAUGCUAAGCAAAACUCCUGGGAUGGAAGAAAAAAAGAAAACUUCCAGAAAGACGACAAUUCCUGAAGCAACUGAAGCUACAGAAGAAUUCAAGAAGCAUCUUGCAAUUCAAUCCGAGCUGGCAACACUUCAAGAUCAUCCAAACAUUGAAAUGCUAAGCAAAACUCCUGGGAUGAAAGAGAAAAAGAAAACUUCAAGAAAAACAACAAUUCCUGAGGCAACCGAAGCUACAAAAGAGUUCAAGAAGCAACUUGCAAUUCAAGUCGAGCUGGCAACACUUCAAGAUCAGCCAAACAUUGAAAUGCUAAGCAGAACUCUUGGGAUGGAAGAAAAAAAGAAAACUUUAAGAAAAACAACAAUUCCUGAAGCAAGUGAAGUUACAGAAGAGUUCAAGAAGCAUCUUGCAAUUCAAGCCGAGCUGGCAUCGCUUCAAGAACACCCAAACAUUGAAAUGAUAAGCAAAACUCCAGGGAUGGAAGAGAAGAAGAAGAAUUCGAGAAAAACGACGAUUCCUAAUAAAGAUAAGCUUCGUUCUUCAUUCAUUGAGUCAUUGAAGGAUAAAAAUCAGAAAGAAAAAGACGAGGAAAUUUUGCCAGAUGAUCUUCCUUCAACUAGUGAAGAAACUUCAGCAAAUGAAGUGAAGGAAGAAGAAAAAUCAAAUGAAAUUGCUGAUGUUCCUGAAUCCAUGGAUGCAACUGAUGAAUAUUGUGGAAUGGAACCCGUCGAUGAGCCAGUUUGUGUGAAGAAAUCAACUUACUUGCUUGUUGAUGAUGAAAAUGAAACUGCCGAACCUUCGUCAGCAAUUCCAAAGACGCCAGAAACAAAAAAUGAAGAAGAAAAAUGUGCCCAGCCAUCAACGCCAAGAACUCCAAUGUUGCGUGGGUUGGAACGUAAGAAUUAUGUUGCCAUGCUCGGAUCUGCUCGAAGACGUCGUUCAAGAUCAGUCAAUUCAAAUUCCAAUGCAUCACCAAUGGUGCUUCCAGCUGUUGUCGACACGAAAAUCAUUGCAGAAACAAUUCCUGAAGAACCGAAAGAGAAAUUAGUUGAAUCUGAACAUGACGACAUCAACAAACCGGAAGUUAAGAGAAGUUUAGAGGUUGAAGUUCUCAUUGAAGCGACAAAAUCUCAUUCACUUCGUUCAACACCCAAGAAAGAUUAUCGAGUUUUGCACAGCGGUUUACGACGUGGACGUUCAGCUUCAAUUGAUUCAGUAGCCUCAAAUAUGAGCGAGGCUGGAAUGUCAUCAAUUCGUAAGAAAGAUCAAGUCGUUAUUGAAAUAACUGGAAAGGUCAUAAAAGAAGCUGAUGAAGAGACUCUGGAAAAGGAAUCAGAAGAAAACGAUCAGAAAAUCGAAGAAGAUGUUGAAGUCGAUGUUUCAUCUCAACAAGCAACUAUAAUUGUUUCAGUUAAUGACGAAUCUGAGACACCAAAACAACACUCAAAGCGUCAAGUUCGUAAAAUAAAUUACAGAAACGUUGCUUUAGGAAACACCGACAAGAAAACGGAAGAAUCUGAAAAUAAAAAAGUUGCCGAAGCAAAAAUUGAUGAAGAUGAAACUGAAAGUAAACCAAAAGGUCGAAGAGGACGAAAACGCACAAAAACUCAACCAACAGAAGUUGAAAUUGUCGAAGCAACUGAAGUUCCAAUAAUAAAAUUAAACGAUGAUUCUCAAGAAGCUUCCACAGCUCCUCAAAACACACGAAAAGGUAGAAAAGCUAAACAGCAAGUUAAUGAACAAACAGAAGAAGAAGCAACUGAAGAAGAGGCUCCGCCAAAGACAAGGAAUCAGAAAGGAAAAGCAAAUCAGGCAAAGAAAGUUGAUGCAGUGUCUGAAAUACCCAAAAGUGACACGAAAAGAACUCGAAGAGGCAAAAAAGAAUCUCAAGCCAAUGAUGAAUUGAACACUUCGGAAGUGUCAGUUGCAUCAUCAGUUGCUUCAACAUCCAGCAGACGUAAGCGAACUAAAAAGAUGACAGAAAGUGUUGAUGAAGAUGCUUCUACAUUGUCAGUUACACCAGCCAUCAAAAGAACACGUAAAACAAAGAAAUCUGAAACUCCAAUUGAUACUCCAGUUCCAAGUUCUCAGCGUGAAACGCCAGCAACUUCGGGAACAAAAGAAACUGCCAAAGGUCGUCGUAAAGCAACGAAAACUGAGUCAACACCAGUGAAACGUUCUCGUCGUUUAGUUGAAGCAGAAGAAGAAGUUGAAGAAGACAAGAAAGUGAACAAGAAAGUAGAAACUGAAGAAGAACCUGAAGCACCAACAAAGCCUAAACGUGGUAGAAAAGCGAAAACAGCUGAAGCAGAACCUGUAGAAGAACCUGAGAAGGAAGAAGAAGAAGUUCCAGAAAAGCGAGGUGCAGUUAAGAAGCCGAAAACAAUUCGAGCUUCCAAACGCACAAAAACUGUUGAAGAAUCGACUUCAAUUGAAGCAGCUGAAGAAGCACCAAAACCUAAACGUGGAAGAAAAGCAAGAACGGUUGAACCAGAAGGAGCAGUAGAAUUCGAGAAGGAAGAAGAAGUUCUAGCAAAACGAGUCGCAGUUAAGAAUCAGAAAACAACUGGAAAACGCACAAAACUUGUUGAGGAAGAAUCAACUUCAGUUCCAGUGACAGUAGAGGAACCGGAAGUACCAGCAAAGCGUAAACGUGGAGGAAAAGCUAAAAAUGUCGAUCCAGAACCAGAAGUAGAGUCCAAGAAGGAAGAAGAAGAAGUUCGACCAAAACGAGGUGCAGCUAAGAAGCCAAAAACAGCUGCUGCAAAUUUGGAAGCUUCAAAGCCAUCUCGAGGUGUUAAACGAACUGAAACAGCACCUCAAGUGACACAACCACCAACAAAACGUGUAACA